GAAGGUUUGACAUGUUGGGUUGACUUCUGAGGAGUAGAAGCAAAAACGUGUUCCAUUUGAUCUAACUCAAACAAUUUUACGUACAAGUAAUUAAGUUCUUCCCAGUUAAUUAGCUCUAGACUCCAGUCAGGCAGUCACCCGAUCACCACCACCUCCACCCUCACCCUAUAUAUACAUAGAAUCCAUCUACCGAUCGACAGAAUUAAUUACAAGGUCUAAACUCGAAACCCCAGAAAGAAAAACAGAUAUGGACGGCCAGAGCUCAAGCACAGAGAGCAGCACUACACAAGCAGUCACAAGCAAAGCAUUUACAGGAGUAGGCAACCUCAUCAAGCUUCUUCCCACCGGGACGGUCUUCCUGUUUCAAUUCCUGAGUCCAGUCUUAACCAACAAUGGCGAAUGCAAUACCAGUAACAAGUACUUGACGGGGAUUCUUCUUGUUGUUUGUGGAAUCUCCUGCUGUGUGUUAUCUUUCACAGACAGCUACACAGAUAGCAAGGGAAACACCAAGUAUGGGAUAGCAACUACGAGUGGAAUGUGGCCCUCAUCAUCAGAUUCAGUAAACCUCUCAGACCACAAGCUUCAGUUGAGGGACUUCGUUCAUGCUUUCUUCUCACUGAUUGUGUUCAUGGUGGUGGUUCUCCUGGACCCUAACGUUGUCCAGUGCUAUUAUCCCUCGUUCAAGUCAGAUCAGGAGCUGUUGCUGAAGAUUCUGCCUCCCAUAAUCGGUGCUCUCUCCAGUUCUACGUUUGUGAUAUUUCCCAGCAAGCGGAAUGGGAUAGGAUACCCCCAAACCCAGCAGUCUUAGACUCACGGAGAAUACGAAUUAUUUCAUGGUUAAUCAUAUUGUGUGUUCUUCUGAAGAUUAUUAUUGCCUGAUUUUAACUGUAUUAAUUAUAUGGAUUUCUAUUAGUUUCUUAAUUUGUUCUGUAACUGUGAGGGUGUGUUGAUUAAUCUAUUCAUCAAACAGAAAAGUGAAGGAUGUGUAGUUGGCUUGAUUUUCGAUCCA